AUGCCUUCUAGCUCGUCUCAGUUGCUCCUUGACGGGGUGAUCGACACGCUGUCUGCCUUGAUGUCUGGAGGGAACAGCCCAACCAACCUCUCGCAGUUACGCCACCGACUGAACCUCCUCACCGCAUGGCUUGGAGACCCUUUCUCGGAAUCCAACAUCUUACCUGGCUCUACCGUUCUCGAGAUUGGCUGUGGGCAAGGGGACAUGACGGUGCCACUGGCCCAUUUCGCUCGUCAUGUCAUCGCCGUAGAUCCGGCUCCACUGGACUACGGCGCACCCUUCACUCUCGGUCAGGCGCAAGACCAAAUCUCGCGCUCAGCUCAAGUCGGGGAAAAGAUCACGUGGGUGCAAAGCGAUCCGAUUCAAUAUAUCCAGAGGACAUCGGAACUACUGCCAGACUUUGCUGUCCUCGCUCACUCGCUUUUUUACCUCGAGUCUGAACAGUACUUCGUAGAGCUCCUUCGAGCUUUGGCCGUCGUGGCUCGGAGACACGGGGACGGGAAAGCCAUGAAAGUCCUGAUUGCGGAGUGGGGCAUGCGAGCCUCGAAUUCUGCAGCUGAUGCGCAUGUUCUCGCCGUAAAAGCUCAGGCUGCCAAUCCAAUCACGGAUGGCAACGUGCGGACAGUGAUCACGCCGGCAGAUAUUCAGAGACUAGCUUCAGAAGCUGGUCUGAAGAUCGAACGGGAAGUCUGGCUUGCCUGUCCCGAUGUCGAAGACGGGCAAUGGGAGGUGGGUUCUGUAAAAACCAUGGAAUAUGAUGGCGUGGCGGGGUUUCAAAUUCGCGCGAUGGAGCGUGCUGUAGCAGAGCUAGGCGAUCGAAAGAUUGCAAGUAUGGAUGUCUGGACGGGUGUCUUUGUUUUGUGA